AUGGCACUAGAGUUUGGGUUAAAAGCAGGAUCUGUGAAUCUCACCAGGGUGCCCCACACCAGCAUUCUUCCUGAUUUGGCCCUGGCAUUAAUGGCCUUCAGGGAUGUGGCUGUGGCCUUCACCCAGAAGGAGUGGAAGUUACUGAGUCCUGCUCAGAGGACCCUGUAUCGGGAUGUAAUGCUGGAGAACUACAGCCACUUGGUGUCACUGGGAAUUGCCUUUUCCAAACCCAAACUCAUCACACAGCUGGAGCAAGGGGAUGAGCCCUGGAGAGAGGAGAGUGAAUGUCUUCUGGACCUUUGUCCAGAACCAGGGACAGAAUUCCAGCCAUGUGGCUAUUCCUACCCAGUGACCUUUUCCAGUACCCAGUUCUUCGAACAGUAUGUGCUGUGUGGUCACCCUCAGAUCUUCCCAAGCUCAUAUGCAGGAAGCCCCAUGCCAAUGGAAGCUCCAAACUGCUCAAGUGAACAAGCAGACGGAGACACAGAGGGGAGACUCCAGCUGAGUGGGGUUUCCAGGGUGCUCUUCAGACCCUCUCAGGGCCGGCCAGUAGACUGGGUGGAAGGCAACAGAGCUGGGCAUCCUGAGGCAGGCCUUGCAGCAUCUGAGGCAGCCAUGUAUGGAAAAUACAGACUGGGACUUGGUACCAAAUCUAGCUUCUUGAGCCUCCAGAAGCAUCAUGUAUGCCCUGAAUGUGGCAGAAGCUUCUGUCAGAAGUCAGACCUCACCAAGCACCAGAGGACACACUCAGGGGAGAAGCCUUACAGCUGUAGGGAGUGUGGGCGAGGCUUUGGCCGCAAGUCCUCCCUCACCAUCCACCAGAGGAAACACUCGGGGGAGAAGCCUUAUGUGUGCCGGGAGUGUGGGCGCCACUUUAGGUACACGUCCUCACUUACCAACCACAAGAGGAUACACUCUGGGGAGAGGCCCUUUGAAUGUCAGGAAUGUGGGCGAGGUUUUCGCCAAAAGAUUGCCCUCAUCCUGCAUCAGAGGACACACUUGGAGGAGAAGCCCUUUGUGUGUCCUGAAUGUGGGAGAGGCUUCUGCCAGAAGGCAUCGCUCCUCCAACAUCGCAGCUCACAUUCGGGCGAAAGGCCCUUCUUGUGCCUCGAGUGUGGGCGUGGCUUCAGGCAGCAGGCACUACUCCUCAGUCAUCAAGUCACGCACUCAGGGGAAAAGCCUUAUGUCUGUGCUCAGUGUGGGCAUGGCUUUCGCCAGAAGGUCACCCUUGUCAGACACCAGAGGACACACACAGGAGAGAAGCCUUACCUGUGCCCAGAGUGUGGGCGUGGCUUUAGCCAGAAGGUCUCCCUCAUGGGACACCAGAGGACACACACAGGGGAGAAGCCUUACCUGUGCCCAGAGUGUGGGCGUGGCUUUGGUCAAAAGGUCACCCUCAUCAGACACCAGAGGACGCACACAGGGGAGAAGCCUUAUCUGUGCCCGGAGUGUGGACGCACCUUUGGCUUCAAGUCACUCCUCACCAGACACCAGAGGACACACUUAGAGGAGGCGGCUGAUGUGUAUGGAGUAUGUGAGCAAGGACUUGGCCAGAAGUCUCACCUCACCUCUGACCAGAGGUCACACUUGGUGGGGAAGCCAUGUGUGUGCAGUGAAUGUGGGCGAGGCUUUGGCUUCAGGUCAGCCCUUAUCAGACACCAGCGCACCCACUCAGGAGAGAAGCCGUAUGUGUGCAGGGAAUGCGGCCGAGCCUUUAGCCAGAAGUCUCACCUUCACAGACACAGGAGGACCAAGUCUGGCCAUCGCCUCCCACCUCAAGAGCUGCUCUCCUGACCUUUCCUUUCCUCUUGAGGCAGAAAGCACUAGGAGAUGUUCUACUUUCCUCAAAUGCAGUGGAGGAAAAAAUGUGUUCUUUCAGUGAUUGGAAGAUAGUUGAUUUAUGGUUUAUUUUA